CCUAGGGUUAAUCACAAUCAUCGUUCUUAUUGUUGUGUCCAUCUAUUCUAUCCAUUCCUUUGGAAAAGCCGAUUAUUGUCAUCCUUGGUCAACACAUCCCUAGACUAUAGAUCAUACCCACUUGUCCGACCUUCCUUGAGAAAGCCAUGUCUGUACCAGUGGGAAUCACAGUACCUAAACUGCUUCCUGUCACAGGGACAUUCGCACCAGCAUUCGCGGUGUACUACACCGUGCUCAAUUUCCGCGUCAGCCUCAUCCGGCUGGCUGAGAAGACGGCCCUAGGUGAUUCUCCUCAGACAUCUUCCGGUGGUAGUGAAGGGAAGUCGGCCGAUCAUUCACGCCACAGCGACCUUUUUGUCGCAUGCCGAGCUCAGAGCAACUUUGCGGACAAUGUACCGUUCGCAUUGAUCCUGGCGGCCAUCGCCGAGCUGAAUGGAGCAAACCGUCGGGUCAUGACCGCUUCAUUGGCGGCUCUACUAUUGUUCCGCAUCUUGCACGUUGAGUUGGGGAUGAGGAUGAAGAAUGCCAUCGGCUCGGGUCGACGAGUGGGAUACGUGGGAACAACUGGAUUUCUCAUUGGCAUGAGCUCAUAUGCUGCGUAUUUGGUCAAGAGCUACUGGGGGUUCUAAGCGUGGGGGAUGGAGCUACGGUUGGUGUGUCUAUCGGUAGCAUACAUGUGUGUGUGUGUGUGAGUCUGGUGCGAUAAUAGUAGCUGUACUUGUACUCCAUAAAGAGCCAUGCCUAUACACACUCCGGAAGUCACG